AUGUUCAAUGAUAUCAAAAAUGAGAUAAAUGAAAUCAAAGUAAGCCAAAAAGUUGAUGAAACUAGGCUAGUACAAAAGAAUGUGGAAAAUACUGAAGAAACUUGCAACCUCAAAAUUGAUAAAGUUACAGAGGAGAUAAUGCAAAUGUCUGAGAUACUUUCAAGACACGUUGAAGCACAAAGGAUUAUAUCGCAAAGCUUAUGGCAUGUUUUUGGAAACUCAUUAUAUUUCAUUGGCAAAGAAUCAGUUAAAUGGUCGCAAGCAGUUGACACUUGUAAAGCUUUAGACGGCUACUUGGUCCAAAUUCAAGACAGCAAGGAAAAUGAAUUUAUCACUGACCUAGUAAAUUCAACGUUCGCAGAAAUUAAGGAUGUCUUCGGAGUUUGGAUAGGAGGGAGUGACAUGCAGAACGAAGGAUCGUGGAUCUGGGAACACAGCAAAGCAAGCAUUGUUUUUAGUAAUUGGGGUCAAAACGAGCCAAAUGGAAACAAGGACGAAAAUUGUUUACAUUUAUACAAAUAUAUAGAUUGGGAUUGGAAUGACACAAUAUGUCAACUAAAAAUGGGAUUCAUAUGUGAGAAAUAA